AGCGAUGACGCCACACAUUCCGUACGGGACGGCCCCAGGGUCUGUGCGCAUGCGUAGGAGGCCGUAGGGCGCGCAUGCGUGAGCUCCCGGUGCCCGUUCCCGUCGGUCCCGGGUCCCCUGCCCAGCCCCGGGGUCCCGUCGGGAUGUCGCAGCAGGGAUUCGGGCCUGUUAAUGCGGCCGCAUUGGUGCGAUCUGGGCGAUCCGCACUCUGAGAGUCGCCUCUCGCUCCCGAAAGGCGCCAGGCCGCGUUGCCCCAUCCCUUACCCUCGCCGGGGACACGGAGCGGGGUGCCGGGUCUCCCCCUCAGUGCAGAGGCCAUGAAGAUUAACCAGGACACGGUGCUGCGGGGCAAGAAGGUGACGCUGGUGCCGUACACCGCUGCGCACGUGCCCCGGUACCACGAGUGGAUGCAGUCGGAGGAGCUGCAGCGCCUGACGGCCUCGGAGCCCCUGAGCCUGGAGCAGGAGUACGAGAUGCAGCGCAGCUGGCGGGACGACGCUGACAAGUGCACUUUCAUCGUGCUGGACUCAGAGCUCUGGCCUGGGCAGGAGGAGGAGAACUCCAUGGUCGGGGGUGUGAAUCUCUUCCUCACCAACACCGAGGACCCGACUGUGGGCGAGAUCGAAAUCAUGAUUGCAGAGCCCAGCUGCCGUGGCAGAGGGUUUGGCAAGGAGGCAACUCUGCUGAUGAUGGCCUACGGAGUGAGAAAACUGGGGAUCACCAAGUUUGAGGCUAAGAUUGGUCAGGAAAAUGAAGCCAGUAUCUGCAUGUUCAAAAAGCUUCACUUUAAGGAGGUUGCUGUGAACAGCGUUUUCCAGGAGGUGACCCUGAGGCUGGAUGUCAGUGACCAGGAGAGACAGUGGCUCCUGGAGCAGACAAAGCACGUGGAGGAGAAGAGUUACGCUGAGCUGAAGCAGCCAGCUGGGGUGCAGGACAGCUGACAGACACCUCCAGACACCAGCUGGCUUUCCAGGGAGAAGUUGGACGUUGUUGCAAGGUCUGGGUGUGGAGGACACCAGAGAGCCAACAGUGGAGCUGUUCUGUCUCCUUCAGCUGCUUUGUCAUCUUGUCAACUUUGCACUUUGCUCCACCAGCCAGGAUUACUGCCUGAAAUUUGGACCUGGGGAACAGCCACUAACUCAUAGGUUUGGCUAGGAAUGACUCUGACUUUGAUUUGCUGUUCCAACAGAGCCUAAAAUCACCAGCAGUUGAUUCCUGGACAAGCAGAAACUUCUCCCACUGCUCUUAAAUCAGGAUUCACGAGUGAGGAGGUUUCAUAUACUGGCAGCUCAUUCUUUUUUACUCUUGAAUAAAAAAUUUAAAAAUCACAAAGAUUCUGAAGUGCCUGA